UUAAGCACCCAUUACUGCUGUGCAGUUGACGCUCACUGUGCCGUCCUUGUGAGGGUGACAAGUACUUCAGCUAAGCUAAGCUAGCCACCAUGGCGAGCAGCGGCAGCCUGGCCGGUCUGGCGGUGCUGCUCACCGCCGUGCUGUGCCUGCAGCUGCCGGUCCACAGCCGCGCCCAGCUGCGCGUCGGGUUCUACAACACCACCUGCCCCAACGCCGAGGCCAUCGUCCGGCAGGCCGUCACCGCCGCCUUCGCCACCAACUCCGGCGUCGCCGCCGGCCUCAUCCGCCUCCACUUCCACGACUGCUUCGUCGAGGGCUGUGAUUCAUCGGUGCUCCUGUCCGUCAACCCCGGCGGAGGCACGACGGAGCGUGACGCGGCGCCGAACAACCCGAGCUUGCGUGGCUUCGAGGUCGUGAACGCCGCCAGGGCCGCAUUGGAGCAGAGCUGCCCGCGCACGGUGUCAUGCGCCGACAUCCUGGCCUUCGCCGCCCGGGACAGCGUGAACAUCACCGGCAGCAACGCCUUCUACCAGGUCCCCUCCGGCCGCCGCGACGGUAACCUCUCGACCGACGCCGGCGCGUUCACCCUCCCGGGGCCGAACCUGACGGCGGCCGGCCUCGUCACAGGGUUCGAGAUGAGGGGCCUCAACGCGGAGGACAUGGUGGUCCUGUCGGGCUCCCACACCCUGGGCCGCUCCCACUGCAGCUCCUUCAUCUUCAAGAACCGCGAGAGGCUGGCGAGCGGCACGAUCAGCCCGGCGUACCAGGCGCUGCUGGAGGCGCUGUGCCCGGCCAACACGGGGCAGUUCACCAACGUGACGACGGAGAUCGACCUGAGCACGCCGGUGGUGCUGGACAACAACUACUACAAGCUGGUGCAGCUCAACCUGGGCCUGCACUUCUCCGACGACCAGCUCAUCCGCAACGCCACCCUCAAGGCCUUCGUCGACGCCUUCGCCGCCAACGAGACGCUGUGGAAGGACAAGUUCAUCGCCGCCAUGAUCAAGAUGGGCAACAUCGCGCCCAAGACCGGCACGCAGGGCCAGAUCCGCCUCAACUGCAGCCUCGUCAACCCGUCCUCCUCCUCUUCGUCCGCUUCUUACGCUGGGGCGAUCGAGAUGCUCCGCCGCCCGGGCUCGCACGACAAGGUCGCCAUGGCCUGAUGUGUGCGUGCUUGAAUGCCAAUGCACGGGCGUGCUGGCUAGUCGGUGUCCGUUCGCGCCUAUACUUAUGAAUAAUAAACGUUGCCGUGCUCCAAGUUUGCUGAAAUGCCCUUUCCGAUGGUCCAUCUUGUACAAGUGUUAAAGUUGUUAAUUGAGCAAAAAUAAUAAUGUGGCAUGUUAAUUAA